AUGGUUAAGCAGCCAACAUCGGAGCAAUCUAAGUUGACGAUGUCAUCGGAAGACUUCCCCGCGUUGCCGGGCACGAGUACGGGAGGCGCAGAAGUCGCGAACGCCACUGCGCACGUCGCGGCGCAUUCAACGCAAGCCACUCACCCUGCGCAUGCGCCUCAGACACUAGAAUAUGGAAACCACAAUGACGCUAAGCCACGGAAAGGGAUACAGACCUCGCCAGAUGGUAUGUACUCUCUAGUUUCUGUCUAG